AUGUCCGCCUCAAGGUGGAUUUUUCCAUUACUGGUGCUUAGUAAUACGGCUCAAGCCAGUAACAGCGAAGGGAUAGAAGAUAUCACAUCCGACAAUGUCUAUCAGAGUGACGACUUUCCGUCUCCGCCAAAUUUGGGAAACGCUAUCUAUUCACCAGCUAGGCAGAAGCCAAUAAAGAACAACAACAUACUUCAGAAUUACUAUGAGAAGAAAAGAGCAAAACAACACAAAUUGAACAAUUAUUCCGUGCCACCAAUGACGUUGCGUGACACCACAGAUGAGAGUACAAGAAGUGGAGGAAGUGGAUAUGGCGUUCCGCAAAGUCCAAGCACACCAAAUUACAAAGUCGUUCGCGAAGCAGAUGAGGAUCGUCAAGUAAUUGCUGGAAUACCGGACUUGAAUGACCCUUGCUUUCGUCGUUAUGUUGACUGUAUCAUUGUAAACGCUCAACCAUAUGAGAGGAGGUCAUCUUUUUCGCUGAUGAACUGCAAGGCUCAUUGUCUCCAGAGCCAGACAGGAACAUACACUUGCCGCUCUUUCGUCUACGAUAAUAUCAAUCAAGUAUGCGAUCUCUUUGCGCAUGUUGGAGACCAAGCUCCAGCUCGAUUGCUCAAAUUCCAGACUCGCGAUUACUUUGAACCCACUCAAGCUUAUCAUUGCUUGAACCCUAUCACAACAACAACAAUCCAAUACACCACAGAAGCAACCACAACCCAAAGUACUACAGUAGCAACGUUACCCAUGAGGCCGACUCCGCCCCUUGAUCAAGUCGUUGCACAUGCAUCACAAUUGGACCGUCGAGAAAAUUUCGAAGAAGCUGUGAAAACGGUAGAAACGGAAUCUCUUGUUGAGCAGAAGUUCUUCGAUAAAAGCCCGAAAGCUCCAACAUAUUGCCCACCAGGAAAAAGAAUCAGUUUUCUCCAAACUGAAGGUUUCGAGCUUUACAACAAUGACGACAUCAUCUUAGCAGUGAGCAGUGUAUCUGAGUGUAUCUCAGCUUGUGAGAGAAAUCAGAUUUCUGGACAAGCACUUGACUGCAGAUCAUUCGACUAUUCUGAUUCGACGUGCUCUUUCUCAAAAGAAACGGCUGUGCCAGUUGGAAAUGGCCAGCUGAAGCAACGCAAUGAUACCACCUACUACGAGAAGAUUUGCGUGGCAGAGAGUGCAACAAAAAACUGUUCGCCAACAUUUGUACGCUUUCCACAAAUGGUUUUAGUCGGUUUCGCUGAAGCUGUAGCUGAUGCGGCCACAUUUGAGGCUUGUUUUGAGUACUGCAUGGAAAGUCAAACAAGAUUCGGAUUUAACUGCUCCAGUGGGAUGUACUUUUUCGAGGAAGCGCAACUCAACUGCAUCUUAAACUCAGAAGAUCGACACACUCAGAGUGAUCUAUUUGCAGAAGAAAACACGGACAUUGUAGACUACUUUGAAGUUGGUUGUCAAAAACCACCUCCACAACCAACUCGUCCGCGGAUGCGAUCAGCUAAAACUUUUAGUGUUCCUGAACUACUAGUCGUAGCGGCUGAGACGCAAACAGACUGGUCGAAAUGCGAAGAUGGUUUUCAACAUCGGAGGCGAGACUGCGACGACCCGGAUCAAUGUGGAUUAGAAAGUCGGAUCUGUGGAGACGAGCCUUUGAUAGAGAUGCGACCGGAAAAGAAAACGAGGGAUAAGUAUGAUGACUUCCCAACACCCGAAGAUAUAGCCAAAGUGAAGGCAGAUGUCCUCGCGCAUGGACUUCGGUGCCGAGCGGAUGUGUGUUGCCCAGUCUUCAAAGGCUGUGCUGUUGGGCUUCGACUUAAUUCGAAUCUGAAAAAGCUGGAAUGGUGCAAAAAGCCAUGUGCCAACAAAAGAAGGAGAAAACACUGAUGCCUACUCUAAUUCUAAUCAAAAACGAAUAUUACAUAUAACCUAGUAGAUUUGAUAUAUGAUGUAGUUUGC